AUGCUGCAGGAUACUGCAAGGUCGCUCUCGCCGCUUGAACGCACCUCCUCGUCCGUUUCCUCUCAGACUAAGGCCUCGAGCUGCUCGAACAUCACCGAGGACUCAACGUGCUGCAGCCAGACCUCGGGCGACUCGCCGGCUCAGGAGAAGGGUCGGAGACAGCACGGCUCAGGCUUUACAAGUCGAAAGCGGAACAUCCCGAACCUGCAGGAGGACAGGAUACCGCCGUAUCCAUUCCCGGCAGAUUUUGAGUUGCCCUUCGGUCAGGAUGAGCGGGUCAAUGUGAUCUCGCAGUUGUGCGACUCACCGGGAGGCCCAUCAACGAUUGCUGUGCUCCUACCCGGAGUGCACGGUGGAGUUGGCCCGUGCCGCGAGCCGGGGAGCAACUUUGACGAGAACUGUUUGUAUGCCAUGGUGGCUCAAAGGCUUCAAGAGCUGGGUCGAGCCGUUGACGUGUACCGUUGCUCCUGGCAGUUUAUGUGCCCGACGAUGACAUACUCCCUCAACGCCGUCUGCCACGUUCUGCAACACGCACUCAAGCAGGCACAAAGAAGAGGGAGCCACGCGAUCAACGUGGUCAUUGUCGGCCAUUCCUUAGGUGGCCAAGUCGCACUGCACUCGGCUGCGAUGUUAGCUCGGCUCAAGGAAGAGAGCCAUCUUUUCCUCGAGAAGGGUGAAAGCAGCAUGGAAGUGACAGGCUUUUGCACAUUGAACGCCGCCGCAGAUCUGAAGCGCUGGGAGGCCAGUGAGGAACUGCGAAGAGUUCUUUCACCUUUGAAAGCGCUUCUGGUCAGUGGCGAUGCCGACGAGGUGGUGCCUCCCGUUUGCACACGCGAGCUGCACGAGGCUCUGCACUGCGCAAACAAACGCCACCUGGACUUGCCCGGUGGCACUCAUGAUUUGUUCCAGUACAAGGACUUCCUUGUCGACACAGUGUCCCAGUUUAUCAUCGAAUGCUCUCCGGCAUGA